CCGCAGGCUGCCGCCCGGCGCGGUGCCGGCGGGGGCGGCGCGGCCCCUCCUGCCCGGGCUGCUGGGAGUUGUGGUCCGGGGCGGCGGCGCGGAGCGGAGCGGAACGGGAGCGGAGCGGGCGGCAGAGCCUCCCCGGUGCUGCAUUUCAGGAUGAUCCGCCCAGGAGCGCAGGCGGGGACCCUCUGGGCACAUCUCUGCUGACACCGUGGCUCUGGCACCCCCAGGCCGCCCGGCCGCCCGCCUCCCCGCGAGCUGCCGGCGGCCGCUGCCCAUGCGGAGGUGCCGGGCGCGCUGGGGACAGCCGCAGCUCCGCUCCCCCAUGGCAGACCUGCAUGGUGUGGGUGCCCCUGAGGACCGCCAGGACUGACCGCCGGGCCCCCCUGCGCGCCAACCGCUGCGCCAACAUGUCUGUGGAGUGGCUGGUGGACUGGAGCUGGUCCCUGGACGGCCUCCGGGAUUUCAUCGCCACGGGCAUCCAGUCCUUCCGGGACUGCGACGCCACCGCCCUGGCCGCCGUCGCCUGCCUGCUGGUCCUGUUCGUGUGGUACUGCUACCACGUGGGGCGGGAGCAGCCCCGUGCCUACGCCACCGUCAACGCCCUGAUGCAGAGCGCCGAGGCCAACGGCGUGCAGAACGGGUACGUCUACUGCCACUCGCCCGAGUGCGUGCGCUGCACGCACCACGACGGGCUCAACCAGAAACUCUACCACAACCUGCAGGAGUAUGCCAAGCGCUACUCCUGGUCCGGCAUGGGCAGGAUCCACAAGGGCAUCCGCGAGCAGGGCCGCUACCUCAACAGCCGGCCGUCCAUCCAGAAGCCAGAAGUCUUCUUCCUGCCGGACUUGCCGACCAUGCCCUACUUCGCCCGGGACGCUCAAAAGCACGACGUGGAGUUGCUGGAGCGCAACUUCCAGACCAUCCUGUGCGAGUUUGAGACCCUCUACAAAGCUUUCUCAAACUGCAGCCUCCCGCAAGGAUGGAAAAUGAACAGCACGCCCAGCGGGGAGUGGUUCACCUUCUACCUGGUGAACCAGGGCAUGUGCGUGCCCAGGAACUGCAGGAGAUGCCCACGGACGUACCGCUUGCUCGGCAGCCUUCGCACCUGCAUUGGCAACAAUGUCUUUGGGAACGCUUGCAUCUCCGUGCUGAGCCCGGGCACCGUCAUUGCGGAGCACUACGGACCCACCAACAUCCGCAUCCGCUGCCACCUAGGUCUGAAGACCCCCAGCAACUGCGAGCUCGUGGUGGGGGGCGAGCCGCAGUGCUGGGCAGAGGGGCGCUGCCUGCUCUUCGACGACUCCUUCCUGCACACCGCCUUUCACGAAGGUCCCCCGGAGGAGGGUCCCCGCGUGGUCUUCAUGGUGGAUCUGUGGCACCCCAACGUGGCAGCCGCCGAGCGCCAAGCCCUCGACUUCAUCUUCGCCCCGGGACGCUGAGGGCGCUGCCUCGCUGUGGGGGUGAGGGCAGCUGGGACCCGGCUUCGUGCUGGUGGCACCGCCGCAGCCCCAGCGCCGCCCGCGGCCGCCCGCCCCGGGGAGGCUGCUCACAGCACCCGGCGCUGGGCGCUCCCCUCCGGGUUCUUGUAAAUGGAAACGUCGACGUGUAUCAACGCCCAUCUCCUCCCUCCCAUCACUGGCUUCAGGGAUCCUUUUCCACCACGACGGUGCAUUUCCUUCCCUCCGUGGUUAGACGCGGCACCACUCCUGUACGUGUUAUGUUGCUACCGUGUUUUUGCAGUGUUCAGAAGUAGAGUUACCGGGGUGUUUGUUUGAAUGUGAUAGUGUAAAAUUUCUCGCGGCCAUCAAAAGGACAACACUCCCGCACCAGAACAGCGAAGCAGCCAAACAGUGGAGCUCUGCGCUCAGCCUGCCCCUGUCCCGUUUGCGGGGCCGUGCAGACAGACGGAUGGAUGGACAGACGGACGGGCAGCAGCAGGCACCAAGCACCUCCCGGGGGGCAGACCCAGCGCCGGGCACGGCCAGCCCUGCUCUUUAACCUUGCCAGAGGUGUUACCCAUUGCCUAAAUCCCCUCCUUGCGUUAUCGGCAGCCCUUGGUUUCCACAAGUCGAGGCUGGGAAGCCCCCGCAGGGGCAGGGAGGCGUUUGGCACUGCGGAGGUGGGCUUUGGGUGGGCUGCAGCCGCAGGGCAGCGAGGCAGAGCGGCCGGGCUCCCUGCUGCUGGCUGCCCCCAUCCCGCAGCCAGGGCGAGCAGAGGGAGCAGCUCCCACGCCCCUGAGCUCACAGGAGAGGUUUCCAAAGGCCGCCAGGGGUGUUUAAUUCUGCAGCACAAGAGCCCUCCGCCUGCCCCCUCGCAACCGACACGCUUCGCUGACGUCUCUCCCAGCUUUCGGGGUUUGCCUGGGGGCUCCGGGGCUCGGCGCUGCCGCGCGGUGUGUGACCCUGCCUGCAGCACAGCACGCCGCGGGUGCUGCCCCUGCGCUGCUCCUCUGGCUGGAGAGGGGCUGGGUGACUCCCCCACCCCCUGCCCUUCCCGGGGGGACGCAGCCCAGCUCCAGAGCGACUUCUUUACAGACUUCUCGGUGAUCGGAUUGCAAGGGAGGGCAGAGAUUUCAAAUACAUCCAAGAUAUUUUUUACACCUGUCUUGUUACAGAAUAGCUGAAAGUGCAUGAUUUCUACCAUGAUUUCUACAUGCAUUGAUUACUUGGGAACAGACUCCGAGGAAGCAGGCUGGCUUGGCAACUGUCUUACAGUUUGGUAACAUUCAUACAGUGGAUAAGCAAAGAUUAUCAAUAAACCGUUGUGCU